AUGAUAAGUGUUCAGUGGCGUGUUAUUGAGAAGGGCCGACCGCGUAUUUUGGCUCCGGAUUCGACAACACUUAUGAGUACAAUAAAUGGACAAGAGAUGGUUAACGCUGAGUUACUGCUUCUCGAUGUGUCAACAUCGGAUGGAGCGGAGUAUCAGUGUGUCGUGCGGAACCGGUUUGCUGCAGAACAUAGCAUUCGAUCCGUGUUGAAGGUUUUCCAAGUGCCAGUGUUCUCCAACGAACCGGACGACAUGUCGCUGCUGGUUGGGCAAAAUGCCAGGAUAAUGUGUGCUGCAACAGGAAUACCAACACCUGUGAUUAAGUGGUCAAAAGAUGGAGGAGCAGCUUUUCCAGCUGCUCUGCAGCAUCGUCUAUUUGUCCGUCCCAAUGAUGAUCAUCUUUACGUAGUUAACGUUACAACUGAGGAUCAGGGAGUGUAUACCUGCCAUGCUGUUAAUGAUGCUGGAUCUAUCCAAGCCAGCGCUACAUUACGGAUAUUUGGUAAAAAACAUGCAAGACAUAUGGAUGUCAUUUUUGCACUUGUUAAUAAUUAG